AUGUCUCCUCAGGAACCAACCCCGCUUCCCGGGGCAGAAGCUCGCGACGGCGGCAACCAUGAAGAGGAGAUUACCCCAGUAGUGGCAGCGACGGAGACAGCCACAGCUACAGGAACAGAAACAGAAACCACAGCUCGCCGCCAAGAUAGCAAGAAGCUGCGCCAGGUCGCUACCAGUGAGCUGCGCGAGAAGCUCAAGGACCAAAAGGGCAAACUGGCCGACCGCAAGGAACAGCUCAAGAAGAUGUCCAAACCCCCCGGUGGUUUUGACCCCACCCCUUUGCCUGACGCGCCCCAGGGUUACACCGUCAAGUUCACCUUCCAUCGCGCCUUCAACCUGCCCAUUGCCGAUUUACACCUCAAAUCCUCGGACCCUUUCAUUCACGCCACGUUGAAGGCGGCCGUGCCGAAACGGCACAAGGAAGAUCCGCUACUGACACACCGCACGCGCACCAAGCGGCGCACGACGGAACCGGUCUGGGAGGAAGAGUGGAUCGUGGCCAAUGUGCCCGCGACUGGGUUCGAGCUCAAGUGUCGGCUGUACGAUGAGGACUGGCCGGACCAUGACGACCGGCUGGGGAAUGUCACGGUGCGGGUGCCGCGGGUGGACGAGAAUUGGGAAGGGUUCGGCCCCGAGGGAAGGGUAUUUGAUGUGAAGAAGCGGUCGGGAAGCAAGCGGGCGUACUUGCUCCGGGCGGCGUCGGUGGCCGUGUGCAAGGGAGCUAGCAUGACGCCGAAGUUGAAGUUGGGGGUCCAGGUGUUGGGCAAGUCGGAUCCGCCUCAUGCGCAGAUGUACACGGUCGGUCCAACGACGUGGGUUAAACAUUACAGUCCCAUGAUUGGCAGGUUGGCGGGCAUCAAGGUGAACCGGGACGAGGAGGAGGAUGCUGUUUCCGACAGGGAGAGCGAACGGCCAGUGAAGAAAUACGACUUCCAAGCCAACGAGAUCCAGCUAUCCGGCCCCGUCCCGCCGCGGCUUUACCACCGCUAUGUCGAGUUCCGUCCCAUGAUCGGGCGCAUGUUCUCGUCGAGUGGCCUGCGCGGCCGCGUUCUCCGCAAGGUAUUGCAUAAGCAGCACAACCGCAUCUACAACUUCGACUCCAGCACCGAAUACGGAGCGUUCGAGCCCUGUACUGAGGAGGCCUCGCUGCAAUUCCUACGCAUGGCCCACUUCGACGAAGGCGGCCGCAUCUUCACAUAUGUGAUCACGCUCGACGGCAUGAUGCGCUUCACCGAGACCGGUAAGGAGUUCGGCAUUGACCUGCUGAGCAAACACACCAUGCAUUCUGAUGUGGCAACGUACAUUGCCUGCUCCGGCGAGUUUUUUAUCCGUCGUUUAGAACACCCGGUUCACAACGAUAGAGAGGGGCGCGGGAAACGGUCGGCUGCGUCCAGCCGCACGCGCAAGAAGGACCAUGAGCGGUCCAGGUCCUCUUCCUCCUCCUUCUUCAGGAGGAGCAACAAGAACAAGAAACCGGCCCAUGCCGACCCCAACCCUGAUGGCCAACCUACCCAUCCCCCUCAGCACCCCCCGGGAGGCCCACCUCACUCUGCCCCGCCGCCUGAGCCCAAACUCUACCAACUCACCAUCGAUAACGACUCCGGAACGUACCGCCCGGACUCCUCGGUCCUCCCCGACCUGCAGGCCUUCCUGUCCCGCAACCUCCCCGGCAUGCACGUCACAGCCAUGGACUGCGCCGACGAGCAGCUGAUCGAGAUGAAGAAGGCGCAGCACGAGGCCAAGAAGCGUGAGGGCCCGCGGAUCAGGAUGGUGUUGAACCGUAGUCCGAGCUCGAGCAGUUUCAGCUCGGACGACGAGAGUCGGUUAGGAGCGAUGGAUGAUGACGAGACGGAGGACGGGGACAAGGGGAAGAGCAAGCAGAAGAGGAAGAGUAGGGGCGGGUUGAGGAGUAAGAAGGAGAGGGCGUUUGAUGUGGUGAGCGAGCCGGCGCGGUGGAGGGAGGUAUUGGGGUUUGAAGAGGCGAGUGGAAGUAAUGUAGAAAAGGGCAAGGAGAAGUCUGGUUAA